CUUUUGCAAUUCUUCUAUAAAUGUGGUCUAAUUAACUGCAUAAAUUCAGCGCUUCAAAGAGAUCCUGAGGACUUGAACAUAAGAGCGGCUGACAUGUGGAGUUUUGGCAUCAUGCUGUGGGAGCUGAAUACUAGAGAAGUGCCAUUUUCGGAUCUCCAGCCUAUGGAGUGCGGAAUGAAGAUUGCCCUCGAAGGACUUCGAGUUCAAAUUCCUCCUGGUAUCUCCAGAAAUAUGAGUCGACUGAUGAAUAUCUGCCUAAAUGAAGAUCCAGGAAGAAGGCCAAACUUUGAUCAGAUAAUACCUAUCCUUGAAAAGAUGUCACAAUGA